UGCACGACCGGUGAGCUAGCUGUGUAGUUGUCUGGGUCGUCGGUGCGGUGCUUGAUGGUGCUUAAGAUGAGGGCGUGGCCCUCACGGUUGGAAACAGCCCUACGACUUUACUAAUAUCUAAUUUUCGCGUUUCGCGACCCACGAUCGUUACUUUCGCAGGACAUAGCGAAAUGGCUGCCCGAUUCGCCCUUGUAGCGAUCGCUAAUGCCGCCAUUGCAAGCGCGCAGUUCUUGGAUGAUGACUACACUACCACUCGUUCUACUUCAGCGUACUGGACCUACACCUCUUGUUACGCGGAGUCUGUCACAGAAAGCCCGUACACAUAUUAUGACGACACUGUCACUACCGACACUUACACUGAGACCCGUACCGUUAAAGAUGGAGUCACUCCUACGAUCGCGCCGUACUCGACCGAAGUCUACUACUACAGCUACGAUAAUCUUCAGCUCGUAUACGCAUACUACACGACUAGUGCGGUGGCAGAUUCCGAUCUUAUGCCUGAGUAUGAUUACUACGCGACUACACCUUCGGCGACGACGACGGCUACAGUCAAGAACAUUGAAUUCAGCAUGCCAGUCACAAUGACGGCACCUGCCUCGUGCCCCACACCAUUUACCAUAACAACAUCCGCCUCUGUAGAUGUCCCAACUCAGGUUACCGCGCAACUCUCGCCAGCUUCGAUUGAAACAUACUCUAGCAGCACUACCUACGACAACACUGUUUAUCUUUGGGAGACAUGGUAUCUUUCAGAGAGCGCGGCGCCUUUCACGUCAACGUCAGACUACUACUACUCUGCUUACAUGGCGGAUUGCAGUACGCCUCCUGCAUCGUACAACACCCAUACCUCGUCUUCUGGCGGCGGCUCAAAUAGUGGCAGCUUGGACAGCGAUGACAGCGACAGCUCAUACGAUAACUGCUAUUACUACUACUGUAGAUCUCGCAUGCUUACAUGGAUCAUCAUCAUCGCAUCCAUAAUCCCCGGACUCUUCCUGCUGGGUUUCCUCGAGUCUUGGUUCUGGUUCCGUCGCCUCAUGCUCGGUAAGAGUGCCAUGCGUUUUGGUACCGUUUGCUGGGUGCUCAUCUCGCUUUGGGUGCUCUGCUUUACUCGCAUGCAAGAUCGCCGAAGCACCGAAGACCAGAAGAUGUUGGCUGAGAGGUGGAAGAACAUGGGUAGCGGGGCGGCUUUCAAGGCUUGGUGGAAGUGGGGAUUCCGUCACAGGUACCCUGAAGAGUUGCUAGGUCAAUUCAGUAAGACCACCGUCGGCUUUGUGCCGCCGGGUCAGCCGUUGUAUCCGGCAAUGGCACAAACACCCGGUGCUUCCCAGCCUAUGGUCCCUGGUCAAGUUUACUACUACGGCCCUCCGCCUCCGGGCUGGGUCAUGUCACCGAAUGGAGGUUUCGUCCCACCCCAAGGCUACACGUACCCACCUCCUCAGCAAGCUGGCUACUACGGCGAUAUGACCAAAGCCGGACCGGUCGUAUCUCAAUCUCCCGUCUCGGCAGUAGGCUACCCACAACCGCAGCAGCAGAUGGGCAAUGUCUCUCCCAUGGUACCCCAAGCCCCUCAGGCCGUGCAUACUGCUCCCCAGAACGGCGCGCACACGCCUACGCCAUAUGGCGCACCACCCAAUGGACCUUCGCCUCCACUUCCACCUCGACCUGUGGCCGAGGGAGCGCCGCAGAUUCCACCUGUGAACGUGAGCGAUGCAACAACGACAAACGAUGUAGCAGAACAGGAGCCCACUGCAUCGACUACUGCUCCUCCUCCACCGAAGAACGAUCCCAACGACCGGAGCUUGUAUGAGUAG